AUGCCGCGGAAGGGAAUGCGCGGAUUCUUCUCUUCGUCUGGUCACUCGGAGCAGCGGCAGCGCGACCGCCGGCCGGCCGAGAGCUCCGUUUCGCCCUCACGCCGCACGUUCUCGGACACCUUGAUGGAGGACAACAUCGCCUCUGCGGAGCAGAUCAUUGGCCGCUGGGGCCUCGAUGUGGCCGGCUCCCUCUUCUCCGCCGCCGGCCGGCCCGAUUCCGUACACUUGCUGCGCGCCGCGGCGGAACUUCACCGCUCCAUGGUUUUCUUCUCCGAUCCCUCCGCGGAGUCCUCCGCUUCGCCCGAGGAACGAUCCGCAGCGCUGUUCCGCGCGCACGAACUCCUCGCGGCCGCCAUGCGCCGCCUCGAGCGUGAGAUGCAUCUGCUCCUCUCGGCUCAUCACUCCAUCCUCAACCCCAGAGAUUCUCUCCGCCUGCAAUAUGCCUCCUCUUCUGAUGCGUCCGACGUCGAUGAUGCCGAGGUGGACGGCAGCGGCGUCGGCGAGGCAAUGCAAGACCUUCGUGCGGUGGCCAAGACGAUGAUCUCCGCCGGCUACGGCAAGGAGUGCGUAAGGAUCUACACUACUAUGCGGAAAUCCUUCGUUGAAGAAUCCAUCUAUCGAUUGGGAUUCGACCGCAAGAAAGCUCACGUACACAAGCUCAAUUGGGCGGCGAUCGAGCCCACAAUCCAAUCUUGGCUCGCCGCCUUCCCUGUCGCCUUCAGAACACUCUUCUCCGGCGAGCGCUUCCUCUGCGACCAAGUCUUCAAAGGCUCCGACACAAUUCGAGAGUCCUGCUUCGCGGACAUCACUGGCGACGUUGCCGCCCGAAUACUCGCCUUCCCCGAGUCGGUAGCGAGGUCGAAGAGGUCGCCGGAGCAGAUUUUCCGGCUCCUUGACCUCUACGACGCCGUCUCCGAGCACUGGCCAGAUAUAGAGACUUUAUUCGCCUUCGAAUCCACCGCUGCGGUUCGGUCGCAGGCUGUCGCGUCCCUCCUCCGGCUGGCAGAGGUGGCACGGGCAACGCUGGCAGAUUUCGAGGCGGCGAUUCAGCGGGAUGCUUCCAGGUCCGCCGUCCCCGGCGGCGACGUCCACCCCCUCACCCGAUACGUCAUGAACUACGUCCUCUUCCUCUCCGACUACAAAACUACGCUCGCCGACAUCUUCGCCGACUUCCCCUUUCAGGCACCGUAUCCUCCGCCAGAGUCCCUGUUCGACGCGACGGCGGCGGCGACGCCGCCGGUGUCCCCGCCUUCCUCCUCCAUUUCCAUCGUCAACUCCUUACAUGAAAAUCCAUGGAGGUCCCCUCCCUCUUCCCCCACCGCCGCCGCAGCCGGAUCGAUUUCAGCACGAAUAGCGUGGCUCAUUCUCGUUCUCCUCUGCAAGCUCAAUGGCAGGGCGGAGCUCUACCGAGAAGCGGCGAUCUCGUACCUCUUCCUCGCCAACAACCUCCAGUACAUCGUAAGGAAGGUGAAAGAGAGCUCCCUGGCCGUUCUCCUCGGCGACGAGUGGGCGGUGCGGCACGCCGAAAACGCGAGGCACUACCUGAGGAGCUACAAGAGGCUCGCGUGGGCGAAGCUGGCCGAUGAAAUUCCCAUGGAGACGGCAGACAUGACGGCGGAGGAAGCAGAGAGACGGAUGCGGCGGUUCGACGAUGCGCUGGAGGCAGCGUGCAAGGGGCGUGCGGUGGUGUCUGACGCCGAGAUGCGGGAGCAGGUGAGGGAGUCAGUGGAGAAUAUGAUCGUCCCUCAGUACCGAGUCUUCCACGAGAGGUGCAAGGCCACUGUCGCCUCGGCGGCGGCGUUGAGGUUUUCGCCGGAGGACGUGAGGAACAAGAUCGAUGUGGUCUUCACCGGCUCGAAUGGAAGAACUUCGUCGCACGGUUCAUCUGCUUCCGGUUCAUACUCUGGCUCGACUGCUACCGGUUCAUCAAGGACAACGCACCGGUCUGAAUAA